AUGGCGACUAAAAAGGAACCACGACGUAAGUUGGCGAUUGUAAUUGGCAUUGGUAAAUAUGAUCAUUUUGAAGAAUUACAAAAGCCAGAAAAUGACGCGAAUGAUAUGUCAUCUGCUCUUGAGAAGUCCGAGAAUAUGGUCCUAUUUUAUUUUGCUGGACAUGGAAUACAAUGGGAAGAUCAAAAUUAUUUGAUACCAAAAGACACUCCAACAUUGAAUGGUGCCGAUUUGAACAAGAAUGCGAUUAAUGCACAAGAUAUUCUUAACACUUUAAGUGAUCAUAAAUCAUAUGUAACAAUAUUCCUAUUGGAUAGUUGUAGAAAAUAUCAUCUACAUAAUCCUGAGAUAGACGCACGUAAGUCGAAUGAAAGUGGUGCAAAAUCAGUAGGUCUCAAAGCCAUGCACAAGGCUGGUUCGUUAUCUGCAUGUGCUUGUGAACCUGGAACUAUAGCCAUUGAAGAAAAAGGACAGAGAAAUGGAUUAUUCACAAAGCAUCUUUUAAAACACAUUACAAUUGUCAAUGAAGACAUCCAGCUGAUAUUACGUGAUGUUACAAAAGGAGUAAUAGAUGAAUCAAAAUCAAAACAAAUUCCAUAUGUGAGUGCUUCAUAA